AUGUCCCAGCUGUAUCGACCAGAUCGCGCGAUCCGCGGCGAAUCCCCUCCAACACCCGCACCUUCGCCUCAACCUCGGCCCCGGAUCUACGCCUCUCCUCCCUCGUCCUCUCGUGCGGCAGAAGCGGGUCCGAGCCGACCAGCAGAACCAGGAAAGCGGAUGCAGGUGGACGAUGGAGAGGAUGACGGGCGAGGGGCGAGCGGAUGGCAGCCCAGGGGGUACCGAAGACCGGAUGCGCGCACGGCAUCGUCUUCUUCGGGCUCAAUACCCUUCUUCCCGCCCGACCACCUCCCUCCCUCUCCUUCUCCGACUGGCACCGCUUCUCCGUCGCCCUUCACCUCCCAGUCGCCCGCCCUGCUCGAACCGCUCGCUUCUCCACCAACAAAUCUCGUCUCUCCAGCAGACCAAGUCUCCCUCCUCCGAACAGCAGUCAACGCCCUUCCCCGCCACGCUCGCGAAGAACUCAUGUCCCUACUCCUACUCGACACACCAUCGAUCGACCUCUCGCCCCUUUACCGCCUCAUCCACCCGCGUCUCCAGCGCGACUUCCUCCAGUCCCUCCCCCUCGAACUCGCACUACACGUACUGAGCUUCAUCGAUGACCACCGGACGCUGGCGAGAGCAAGCGGCGUCAGCAGGUACUGGCACGGGCUGUUAGAGCGCCACGAGGUCUGGCGAGGGAUGUGCGUCAAGUACGGAUAUGCGCUACCCGACUUUCCGCCGUCGCCCUAA